AAGCAGGCCACGAUAAGGAUGCAAGGUCGCACAUGAGGAGACGACGUGGACCGGAGAAGGACGCGAGGGGGACGCCACGCAGCGCAGCGCCGCGGUGGGGCGGAGAGGGGAGGGGGCGCAGGCGGCGAGCGACCCGGGCCGCCGAACCGAACCACCCAUGGGCGGCUGCGUGGGGAGCCGGCACGACUCCUCGGGCAGCUUGAACGACAACUCGGACGGAACCGGAGUGGCCCUGGGGCGCAACCAGCCGCUCAAGCGCGAGCGUCCCAAAUGGAAAAGCGACUACCCCAUGACGGAGGGCCAGCUGCGUAGCAAGCGCGACGAAUUCUGGGACACGGCGCCGGCGUUCGAGGGCCGCACCGAGAUCUGGGACGCCCUGAGGGUGGCCGCCGGCGCCUUCGAGAGGCAAGACCACCAGCUCGCCCAGGCCAUCCUGGACGGCGCCAGCGUCACUCUGCCGCACGGCGCGCUGAGCGAGUGCUACGACGAGCUGGGCAACCGCUACCGGCUGCCCGUCUACUGCCUGGCGCCGCCCGUCAACAUGAUCGAGGAACGCCGCGACGAGCCCGACGCCUCCGACCGGGACUCGGGGGGAGCCGACUCGGACGGCGGCGGCGAGCGGCCGCUGCGCCUGCGCCUCUCCACGGGGCGCGACCUGCGCCUGCGCGUGCGGACGAGCGACACGGUGGGCGCCAUGAAGCGGCGCCUCCAGGCUCAGGAGGGCGUGCCCGCCGCCGCCCAGCGCUGGUUUUUCUCGGGGCGCCCGCUCACCGACAGGCUGCGAUUGGAGCACAUCAACGUCUCGCGGGAUUACGUGGUGCAGGUGGUCGUCGGCCAGCCCCCGCCGGACGGCGCCCCCGCGGACGCUUGAAGGUGGCGCGGGAAACUUUUGGCUCGGACGUCGCCAUGACGACAAGGUGGAAUACAAUGAAAAAACCCAACGCUGGAUGAAAGGCUUCUCGUCACUUGACUGCACGAUCGGGGGAGAGCGAGGCAGCCGUGCGCCAAACGCUUUGAACGGACGACUUUUUCCCCCAAAUUAAAAA